GCUCCCGUUCCCGUUCCCGCUCGCGCGUUGAUCUUCCGUGCGACGGCCCGUCUCGACUGAUGCGUGGCCGGUCACCACCUCCCCCGGAUUGCGAUUGUCCUCCCUCGCGCCUAACGGACCCUUCGCGCCCAACGGGCCUCUCACGCCCCUCCUGCUUCCCGGACCACUCCCGCCGCAGCGAGUACGUCCCCCGGUCCCCGGCCUGCGUGUCGCGCGGCUUGUAUUCCCUCCGGUCUCCGCCGGACUGCUCUCGCCGCGGCCGGUGCUCCCUCUCCCUCUCCCUCCCCCCGUCCGGCAGCGCAUCCCGAUCCCGAAACGACCUUUCCCGUGGAGCACCUUCAGUCCCUUCCCGCUCGCGACCUCCUCCUCCCCGAGAUGUGAACGACGAGGGCGUGUACGUCACGGUCGAUGCGCAUCGCGGCGUCGGCGUCUGCGUCUGCGUCACCCGUAUCGCAGGCCGCAGCUGCUGUGUUAGUCGUGCCGCCGUUCGUGAGUGCAUUGCGUGCGUGCAGUGGGAUGCAGUGGGAUGCAGUGCGGAGUGGUGGGGUGGUGGGGACUCGCGAGUGGUGGGGUUGAGGCUUGAGGUUUUUUUUUUGGAGCCGCUGUAUCACAGUCUAACUAGAGUAAAGCUUGGCUGGCUGGCCGCGAGGAAGCCGAUCAAUCCGGGAUUCCCGGUUAACGUGUGUAUGUGUGUAGGAAGUAUUCCGGUGCUCACUGCUCGCGUGUCGGCACCAGCACAGGGCGGGCGGGCUUGGGUUUUCCUCUCCUCUGGCUCAGGAGUCUGCAGACUUGCGCGAUUUCGCCGGCACACACGGAUGUAUGUAGGAUGUAGGAUGUAGGACUUGAUCCAACAGCGGCAGUCUUCCGUCAAUCCCAACC